GGAAGCAAACGGCGGAUGGUAGGUUCUUUACAAAUAUUGCUCCGGAUCCAUGCAGUCAUAAUGCGGUGAACAGAUUUAUAAUAAUCUUACAAAAAUGAUGGAAUCAUGACAUCAAGCUGUGCAUAACAGCAGGACCAAUGGAAGCAGGUGGAACUUUCACGGUACUGGAAAUGUAAACUAUCAUGGCGGAUGGUGAUGCAAAUUAUUCUCCUGAGAUAGCACGGAAUUUACGUGAAAUUUUGGACUCGGACAGAUUCGUUACUGAGUGUUUUAACCGAAGAAGCCUGACGAUAUCUCAAGCAUUGUGUCUUUUAUGGCAUAACCAGGAUUCUGGAGAGGUUCCUGGAAGAAAAUCGAGCGCUCCGCUGUACGGUAAUGUUACUGCUGCUGCUCUUGUUGACUUGUACGUGCUUAGAAAGAUCGACUUUGAAGAUGCUCCGGUGACAUGUCUGGGUGUAAAGUACAAGAACAUGGCGGUUAAGGUAAAUAGCCGUUCCCAAUAAGUUUUAUUUAUCGUUUUGUUUGGUCACCCUUUGAUUUGAUACUGAUAGUGAUGAUACCGUUUAAUAUAUUUAGUUCGAAUACAUUUGAGGGCGAGUCUUCAUAUGAGCCCGGUUACCAGGACCAAUUUCGCCUUGGGUUCAUAAGAAAAAUUUCAACUAGGUUUCUGAGAUAAGAAAAGGCCAAAAAUCUUGCCGACGAGUUCGGGUGCAAAAUGGGAGAAAGAAAGCAAAGAUGGAGAACCACAAAAAUCAUAACUUUCUUGCCUAACAGACCUCUCCCACAUUCCACUGCAGUGAGCAAACAUAGAAAAGUGAGGUUGAGGCGCGGGUGGACAAUUUUGUACAAAUCACACUGUAUUUUGUCCACCCGAACCUCGACUUGAUGCCUUUACUCACAGGAAUGAGGUCUAUACUCUUGGUUUUAUCACUGCAGUUAAAUGGGAUGCUUAUGAUGUAGAAAAUACAGCGGGCAAUGCAAGACGAUGCAAUCUGGGUCGCCAGAGUCCAUCUCCCUUUCAUCGCAGUAACCGGGCUGAAGUGUUCAUAUGGCAAAAUUUUCAGCCAACUUACCAAGAUCCAGGGUGCAAAGAAAGUCAGUUUUUACAGCCUGCCAUUCAGGCAAGCUGUAGCUAGCAUGUACUAGCCCACAAGUCAUUUCAACUAGCCCCAAAGCCCUUUUGAUUAGCAGGAUUGAUUACAAUCCUUCUGUAAUUUGAAUUUCCUCAAAAAACAGCACUUGCCUGUCCUGCAAGUGAAGAACAAACAUCACUAGCCCGAUAGCAAAAUCCACUGGCCCCAGGCUGAAGCCCUAAACAGUGCGCGUAACCUAGAUUGAAAGACCGGUGGAAGAGGGGUGGGGGACUCAACCAUAUUUGGGAAUAGGUGAGCUGCUGGGGGUUUGAAAUCCUGACCCUAUUUAGGACAAAAAAAAUCCUAAAAUACUUACCCUGUUUAGGACAAGGGACAAAAUAAUGCAUGCAAUCUUGUUUUAAAAAUUAAACUAUUUAUUGGCAAUUGCAACAGAGCAAAUUCACGUCAUAGUCCUUGUGUUUGUAUACUUGGAGCUUACAAACAAAUUGCAGGCAAUAUCAUGUUUAUAACUAGGACAGAAUCGCACAAAAUUAUAUACCCUGUUUGGGACAGAUGAUACCCUGUUUGGGACAGAUGAUACCCUGUUUGGGAUAGAUGAUAUCCUGUUUGGGACAGAUGAUACCUUGUUUGGGACAGAUGAUACCCUCUUUGGGACAGAUGAUACCCUGUUUGUCCAUUGGCACAUUUCCCUCAUAGACCAUAUGAGGGAGUAACUCCCGGGCUUGAAUGCUACUUUUUGUACGCUUUUUGUAAACAAACCUUUGCAUAACAGACAUAUAUGGCAGUAAUCAAUUUGUUUUGUUACUUUUUACAUCAGGUCAUCAAUUUUACACCCACAAACUCUUACCUGGAUGACUGUUUGUUCAAUCAAAUGGUAGCACAUGCUCAGAAACAUCCCAACAAGCCCAGAAAUGCAGAGGGUUGGAUUUUAAAGGGAUCAAAUUACCAUAAACCAACCUGUGUUUCAGCCACAUUUGACAGCCUUGUAAAGCUUGGAUUGCUGAGAAAAGAGCGCAGAAAUCUUGGAACUUGUGUCAAAUAUCCCACUGUGAAUCCAGGUACUGUUACUUGCAUUAUAGCACUAAUUCUCUUUCCCAGUGUGAGAGAAACUAAUACUUGAGUCUUGGAUUCUGGAUUCCGCGCCGUGGAUUGCAGAUUCCAAUCAUUAAUGGCCAUUUCAGGAUCACCCUUUGAGCUGAAUUCCUAGGAUUCUGUUUUCCACAAGCAAAAAUUUGCUGGAGUCCUGAUUCCACUGUCAAAAAUUUGCUGGAUUCCGGAUCCUGAUUACCUUAUAUAGGGCUAAAUUCUCCCUACCACUCAUCUGCACCUAGAGGUGAAGUCAAUUACGCUUGUUGCAUGGACACAGUCAGUAGAUCCUUUGCGCCUAGAAGCUGAAAUGACUUUAGACUGUUCACAGUCCCUAUUUUUAUGUAAGAUCCUUAGGAUUGAGUGCUUAGAGGUUAGGGCAGCCAUCUUGGUUUCAUAUGUACUGUCAGGGAGCAAGGCAUUGAAGUUUGUAGCAGUAGAUUUGAUACUCAUCCAAGAUGGCCGCUCUUAAUGCAAAGUCUUCAAUCUCAACGAUCUUAUGGAAAAAUAGGGGACUACAUGAAAACAAUCAAGAAUGACUUAAAUUACAAGGUGAAUAUCAGGUUGAUCAAUUUCUGUUGUUGGAGAUUUUAAAAAGUUUCACUCAGUUAGUUCUUUAAGACUUUUAUUAACAUCUGUAGUUGUAAUUUUUGCUGAUCUUUUGUGUAAUUUUACAUAACACUGUAGUUAGGGUUGAGAGAUAUCAGCCUGCCUUAUGUUACUCGUUAGAUCAAACUUAAUAAGUCUGUGCAUGUACAGUAUGUAUGAACAAUAUUGUUUGUGUGACAUUUUAUAGUAUGUAUGUGAAUGUGUUUGUCAUCAUGAGUCAACCUUUAUUUAUACAGUUAAUUAAGCCCUCUAUGAGCGUUUUCUUCAUAAUUUUGCAAGCCCAGAUAGUCUGCUAAUGAAGGAAUCAUCUUUUAGAGCCACAGAGCACACUUAUCAGGGAAGUAAAGAUGAUUGCUCUCGCAGGGCAUGCUGCCGAUGGCUUUACCUGGACACUGCUGAAGCUUGCUCGCUUUUCAGACUCACUGUUCAUUGGUGGUGCACCGAUGCUGAAGCACCAUUUCAGCAAAGAAGAAUACAGAGAUGCUAAGAAAAAUAUGAAAGAGUUGGUUGACGUAAACAAGGAUUCUAUCAGAAAAAAUGGAAAACGGAGAAAAGACCUUGAAUCUGAUAACUUGUUUUAAAUCCUGGUGGCCUGAAAUGAAUACAAGUUCUGAUUCACUGUUAAUAAGUCGUGAUGUAAAGUUAUGGAGAGA